AUGAGACCGUCGCCCACCAGCUUGCGGAUGCUGAAACGGGAGUUGGCCAUGGCGAUUUCGUUCCCCUCAUUGGGGUCCAGCCACACGCGGCCCUUGCCACAUUUCAGCACCGACGCGGCCAAGCGCUUCUGCAAUCUGAGAUUCUGGAGCACGGAUGAGGCCGGCGAGAAAUGUAACACCUACCAUCCUGGAGCGAAACCGUUACGCGUGCCGAUGUCGGACAAAAUAAAACCUGCGAAUGACGUUAACUGGGUCGCCGCGAAUCGCAAACAGUGCACAUCGGCGGGGGACGGCCUACGGCGGCACGGCCUGUUGGGCCCGCCGCGAAGCCGCGAAUACAGUCACACGAACGCAAAACGCACCUAUUUUGUACACCUUGCACUACUGCUCAUUCGGCAGCUGCCUUUAGUUGAGUAG